CUCAGGACAGCGCUGCUUAAUUUAUCAUAAGGCCUUGCUGGAGGCUUUGAUGUAUGAAAACUUUGAAUAUAUACUCACCUGGAGGAACUUGGCGCCUGCCGCUGGACGUUAGUGCCGUGCAGCCCGAUUCGCAGCUUUCCGGCUACAAUGGAGGCGGAAGAGCAGUAUUUAGAAAGGGGGGAACCUGUAGACGCGGGGGUGCUGUCGGGCGAGCAAGUGGAGGUGCCCGCUGAAGGACAGCACACCGCGGCGGGUUGGUACACGGCCUUCGUAUUCCCCUGCCAGCCCCAGCCCCUAUACCGGGCAACGCAGGAGUAUGCGAGCAGCUCCGCCGCCUGCCCCAACACCAACUUCCUCAAGGGUCUGAAGUGGUCGCCGGACGGGGCGUGCCUGCUCACAGCCAGCGACGACAACUGGUUGCGACUGUACGACCUACCUCAGGAUGUCGCCACAGCAGCCGUGCUCCAACACCCCGACACCUUGCCGCCCGAGGAGCAGGCAGAGGCGGCAGAGGCGGCGGCUGGGGCCAGCACCUCCGGCUCCUCCUGCUCAGCAGCCGGGGGCGCGGGGCCGGACAACCUGGCCCCGGCACUGCGCAUGCACGCCGGGGAGACCGUGUACGACUACUGCUGGUACUCGCGCAUGAGCGCACUGGACCCGGUGUCGUGCUGCCUGGCCUCCACCGCCCGCGGCCACCCUAUCCAGCUGUGGGACGCAUGCAGCGGCGAGCCUCGGGCCACCUACCGCGGCUACAACGACGCCGACGAGCCCACCGCCGCCUACUCCAUGGCGUUCAGCCCCGAUGGGGGCAGGCUGCUGGGCGGAUACAACCGGAGCAUCUACGUGUUCGACGUCACGCGCCCGGGGCGAGACUACAAACGUAUCGUGACGCACAAGCGCAAGAACCCCGAGAGCAUAACGGGCAUCGUGUCGUGCAUGGCGUGGAGCCCCGCGGGCGACGUUUUUGCGGCCGGCACCUACACGGGCGGGCUGGGGGUGUACGACGGCCGGACCUACGAGCUGCUGCUGCUGCUGUCGGGGACCAAGGGCGGCCUGACGCAGCUGCUGUUCUCCGCGGACGGCAACUACCUGUACACGGGCGCGCGGCAGGACCCGCACAUGCUGUGCUGGGACGUGCGCCACACCUACGCCGCGCUGUACAGCAUGGAGCGGCCCACGGCCCACACCAACCAGCGCGUGCAGUUCGACAUCGAGCCGGCGGGGCGGCACCUGCUCACGGGCGGCUGCGACGGCGCCGUGCUGGUGUACGACCUGUCCUCGGGCCAGCUUGUGGACCGGCGGCAGGUGGCGGCGGACACUGUCAACGGCGUGGGCUUCCACCCCACACUGGGCCUGCUGGCCACCGCCUCCGGUGAGCGUGGACACAACGUACUUGGUCAUGUCCGGGCUGCAUGAAGAUACCGGUAGCAUUCCUUG